AUGACAUCCGCAGCACGCAAGUUCACCAUCAAGGUGCCCUGCACCUCGUCCAACAUCGGUCCAGGUUUCGACGUCGUCGGUCUCUCGCUCUCGCUAUACCUCACUCUCCGCGUCACCGUCGACCCGUCAUCCACCAACACCUCGCCCAAACUCUCCUACACCGGUCUUGGAGCAGAGGAAGCGCCGCUCGAUGCGUACAAGAACCUCACCACGCGUACUGCGCUCUACGUGCUCCGAUCCAACAAUGUCCAGGCGUUCCCGACGGGAGUCGACAUUCAGGUUCACAACGAAGUGCCGUUCGGGCGCGGGCUCGGUUCGUCUGGUGCAGCGGUCGUAGCGGGGCUGUUGCUGGGAAACGAAUUGGGACAGCUCAACUUGCAAAAGGAUCGAUUGUUGGAUCAUGCGCUCAUGAUCGAACGACACCCGGACAACGUCACCGCCGCUCUCAUGGGUGGAUUUGUAGGUUCCUACCUGCUCGAACUCUCCCCAGAGGAAGAAGAGCGUCGCGACGUACCCCUCUCUGAAGUCAUCCCCGAAUACCCGCCCAACGCAUCCUUCGAUUGGGGCACCAACCCGCCCUCUCCUCCGCACAACAUCGGCCACUACAUCCGCUUCGGCUGGUCUCCCCAGAUCAAAGUCAUCGCCAUCAUCCCCGACUUCCAAGUCUCCACCGCCUCCGCCCGUUCCGUCCUCCCACAGACCUACUCCAAAUCCGACCUGAUCUUCAACCUCCAACGUCUCGCCGUCCUCACCACCGCCCUGACGAGAACGCCACCCGAUCCGUUCCUCAUCUACCAGGCGAUGCAGGACAAGGUCCACCAGCCGUACAGGAAGAACCUGAUCCCCGGAUUGCCCGAUGUGCUGGCGAGUGUCACACCGCAGAGUCACAAGGGUCUGUUGGGCAUCUGCUUGAGUGGUGCCGGUCCGACGAUCCUGGCGCUGGCGACAGAGGGUGAGGAGAGGAUCGUGGAGGACGUGGUGAGGACGUUCAGGGAGAAGGGUGGGAUCGAGAGGUGCGAUGCAAAGGUGCUCAAAGUCACCGAGGAGGGUGCGGUGGUGAGUUACGACUGA